GACAGCUGAUACUAGUAUUUUUCGGUUCUGACAACAAAUUCAGCUUGUUGCUUUUAAGUUAUUAACUAAUCUCGCAAAAUGGUCGUCGGUCCCAUAGUGCAUCGGUAGCCACGAGAAACUGGUGUUGCUGAUGCCGCCGGCUCGCUGACAGCAAUUGCGCAAUUGUUCGCUCAUUUCGGCUGCCUCGUUUUUGGCGUGCCUUGGCUUUGUUAACCGACUCAGUCUCAAGAAAAGUUGCUGUUUUCAAGAGCAAUUUCGCUUGGCUCGGAGAUGGGGCCCGAUCGGAGGAGACGGCGGUUGGACCGGGCUCGCGAUGGGGCGGAACCGUCCGGGAUUGGCGUCCAGCUAUUGACUGGCUGGCUGCUUUUUUACUUGCAAGCUAGCGUUUUUCAUCCGCCGUCAGUUGUAUUUCUGUUCGCGCUGCGAUCUGUCGCACUGUGAAGUCGACACCGCCUUUGAGAAAACCCAACUUCAAACUCCAUCAUUCCGAGCACAUCCUGUGUAGCGGAAAGGCUGAGCGCUUGCAACUGUUUGCAGCCACUUCGAGCUUCCACGAAAAGAAAACUAACGAAAGUUACCAGACGAUGGCAAUGUCACGCUGCGUGGGAUGGCAUGUUGUUAUUGUUCUUACGGCUUGCUUGGCGGGCUGCGUAUCUCUGUCGGAGUUUAGCGAAGGCCGUUUUCCCAGCGUAACUGGAAAGCCAUCCCUGAUUCGGACGGAGCUCCGCUUUGGCCGCAACCUGGAUCCCUCUAAUGUGCGAGUGGUGAAUGUCAGGUCCAGCAAGGGCGACGAUGUCGAGAUUCUGGUGGGCAAGAACAGCCGCAAGGCGCGCGCUGAGGAUGCUGCUGGCUCCUUCUUUGUGCGCAGCGCGAAUGUCAAGCGGCCACUAAUUCCACCAUCAAGCAAGUCCAGUGGACGCCAGCUGAGCUUCGAACACAGCCCAGCUUUGCUAAAGCAAAAUGAGCUGGCCCAGAAGAUGGGUUCCUAUCGGCAGCGCAAGGAGGAGGCGGAGCAGCGCCAAGCCAAACUUAUUCAGCUGCAGCUGGCCAAGGCGCAGAGUAAAGCGGCGGAAUACCAGGCCGUGCAGGAAGAACCCCGCAGGGCGCGUCAGUUAGUCACAGACGUGUCUUGGCAACCUGCUCCUGCCCCCGCCCAGUUUCCGACCUAUUCCGUCUCACGCAAAAACCUAUCUCUGCCGGCAGGACGCCAGUGGCAACCGUUCGGUGUUGACCCUGUGGAUAUACUUCCACGGGAGGACCGAGUGGCGCAGGGGGCUACGGUCAGCUUUCCCAGGGACAUGGAGUUCGCUGCAUCCGAGCUCCAUGAGUACCGAGACAAUAGAGCCUACGCUAGCAGCGGGACCAGUCAUGGAUACCGCCCUCAAAACCUUAUUACCAAGCACAACUACAGCACAUUGCCGCAGAAAUCCAAGUACGUAACCUACACGCCGCACUCCGUGGUGGUGACGGCCAGCGCAGGAGUCGCCACCGCCACCCACACCCGACGUCCAGGGCAGAUUGGAGGCUAUGGGAUGAGUGUGAGCCCACACUACAAUCCCAUCGGCCAGAGCACGCACAGCGUCGUGGACGGCCCUGCCGUGACGCUGAUCGAGGGCAUCAGAGUGCCGGACAGCGCCGAAGACAAGGUGAAGACCUGGCGCAAUGCUCGCGUCCUGAACAACCAGUUGGUGCCAUAUCCAGAGGGUUACACGCCGCCAAGGGCUCAGAUGCCCAGCUUCGACCGAUAAUUGCGUUGGUUGUGAACCAAAACUUCGGAUGCUGCCGCACGGCUAAUUAUGUUUAUUGUUUUGUUUAUUGUUAAGCUAUUUAUAAAAGUUAAAUUAAAGUUGUCAAGGAA